AUGCCUAGGAAAAUUCCUCCAGGAACUUUCUUACCUCACCUAAAUCCUCCUCCUAACCCUCCUAAACCUCCCUCUGAGCUUCCAGGACUGAUUAUUACUCGCAUCACCCGCCUUCCUCACAUUGUAUCUACUAACCACUCUAAUUCGAGUAAAGUCAUUGUCCCCCCCAAAAACCCUCCACCGCGCAAACCUGCCACUCACCACGCUACAACUGCCUCCCACAUCAUCCCACGGCGCCCUGCCAAACCUUCACUGGACUACAUUUUUGCCAACCCACCACAUCCUUGCAGGUUAGUCACCUCGCAAAAUACUUCAUCGGCAUCACAGACUUCAUUUCCACCCAUUCGUGGAUCUUCCUCCCAAACAUCUCACCACGCUGAAGAUCGGCACUUCCCACGUGGUUUACCCCACUACAACCCCCCACCCCGUCCUUCCCAAGGUCAACUGAAGCAGACCGUCGCUGGGAUCAACGUGGACACGGAAGAUGUGGGCGAUGAGCGAGUGCUGCUCAUCAGCGGCUUUCCCGUGCAGGUGUGCAAGGCCAAGGCCGCGAUCCAUCAAAUCCUGUCGGAGAACAGCACGGUGUCUGAGCAGCUCUCCGUUCCCCAGAGAUCUGUGGGCAGGACCAUAGGGAGAGGCAGCGAGACAAUCCGUUCUAUCUGUAAGGCCUCCGGAGCUCAAAUGACUUGCGACAAAGAACCAGAGGGGUCGUUACUGCUAUCAAGACCUAUCAAAAUCUCAGGAACACAGAAGGAAGUGGCAGCGGCCAAGCAUUUGAUACUGGAGAAAGUUUCAGAAGACGAAGAACUUCGGAAAAGAAUCGUUCAUUCCGCAGAAACCAGAGUCCCCCGCAAACAGCCCAUCAGUGUCAGAAGAGAGGACGUAGCCGAGGCUGGGGGAGCAGGAGAGCCGGUUCCCUGGAGAAACGUGAUGCGGGUGUCAACGCCAGCUGGUCCUCCUCCCACCAGAAGCAGUGACUGUGUUGGCGUGGGUCCAGAAGAAGGGUCCUGGGAGAAACCCCGUGACGAUAGCUCUCCAAAGCCUGAAGAUAGGACCAGCUCAGAGACGCCCAUGUUUGAAAUCCCCAGCCCUGACUUCAGCUUCCACGCUGAUGAGUUCUUGGCAGUGUAUGUCUCUGCCUCGGAACAUCCAAACCACUUCUGGAUCCAGAUCGUUGGCUCCCGCAGCCUGCAGUUGGACAAGCUCGUAAGCGAGAUGACCCAGCACUAUGAGAAUAGCUUGCCUGAAGACUUGACUGUGAAUGGAGGUGACAUCAUAGCUGCGCCUUGACCUUCCAAUGAUUCCUGGUAUCGAGCCCGGGUCCUUGGCACCUUGGAAAAUGGAAACAUGGCUUACUAUGUUGACUUUGGAGAUAACGGAGAAUGCCCAUUGGGGGACCUCAGGAAACUCAGGAGUGACUUCCUCAGCCUUCCAUUUCAAGCAAUCCAGUGUAGCUUGGCACAGAUCGCCCCUGCAGGCGAAAAGUGGGAAGAAGCAGCCCUGGACGAGUUCGAGAGACUGAUGCACUUUGCGGACUGGAAGCCCUUGGUGGCCAAGAUCUCUAGCUACGUCCAGUCUGGGGUCUCCACGUGGCCCAAGAUCUACUUAUAUGACACCAGCAAUGGAAAGAAUCUUGAUAUCGGGUUGGAAUUGGUUCGUAAAGGAGAUGCCGUUGAGGUUCCUGAGGACGUGGAAGAAAGCAAAGCUGUGCGAGCUGUGUUGCAGGAAAUGACCACAGAAGCAGACAUAUCUCACAGCAGCAGCAUGCUCAUUGACGCCAUGAAGGGCCCCAGAGAGAUCCCCAGAACUCUGUCCUGCUUCAGCCUCUCAGAGGCUGCCUCGUUCUCGGGGGAUGAUGAUCCGAAAGAUGAUUUCUAAGUCUGAAGCCGGCUUCAGCUCCCUCUGCCAUCUGCCGAUUUGGUGCCUACAGAAAGGAAUCUGUGAGAGACCUGCGCAGUCCUUCCAGGAUUAUGAAUGGGAUUCACCUAUCUAUGUGAAGAGCAUUUUCUCUUUCCAGCACUCUGCCUGAAAGUGUAUGAGCAGGACCAGAAGUGAUUUGCAGACUUUGAUCUCAUCAGGGGACUGGUUAAGGGCAGUUUUGGAGUGGUGAGCCUCAAGACUGUCCUCGUGUCAGAGGCAAAGGCAAAAUUCCAGCAUGGUUUUGUCCAGCCACCUCCAAAAGUCCAGCCUCCCAGUUUCAACUGCUGUUGUUAGUGGACAUGACGUUUUGGGGAAUGGUGGCUCUGGCUAUCU